AUGAGCGAUGAAGACAGGGAAGUCGAUGUUGAAAGUGAUGAAGAUUUUGAUGAUGUUGAUAGUGUAAGUGGAAUCUCCCAAUCCGGUUCAAAUUCGGCAUCAUCAAGCCAGUUUGCUAGUCAGACUGAGAAAAGAGCACAUCAUAAUGCAUUAGAGAGAAAGAGGAGAGAUCACAUCAAGGGGAGUUUCCACAGUUUGAGAGAUUCUGUUCCGUCUUUACAAGGAGAAAAGGUAUCCCGAGCUCAAGUAUUAAAGAAAGCAUCCGACUAUAUCCAGUUUAUGAGAAAAAAAAAUCAGGGGAAUCAACAAGAUAUUGAAGAUUUGAAAAAACAAAACUGUAUUUUAGAAAAACAAAUCCGAGCUUUAGAGAAAGCAAAGAAUACCGGACAGUAUGCUCAGACAUCUACCAAUGGUGAGACAGUUUCAUUUGAUGGUAUCUCAGAAGAAACUGAUACAAGUAGUUCAGAAUCUAUAGAUAUUAAUGGUAGUCAUCGUAAGAAAUUAAAGCUCUCAGCUAGUUGA